UGUACUGCACGGCUGAGGAGCGGCGGAGCACCGGACCGGUCUGUAGGAACUAACUCGGAACUCUGAGGAAGUGAGACGGAGAGAUCUGAUGCCAUGCUGCAGUUGGUGCUGUUCUGGUUCUGGUUCUGCCUGUCAGUACCACUGGCUCGAGCGCUGGAGUUUCGUUACCACAACUCGACUCAGCUGGAACAAUAUUUACACGAGAUCAACAAGAACUUCUCCAGCAUCACACACCUACACAGCAUCGGCCAGUCGGUGGAGGGGAGACAGCUAUGGGUGCUAGUACUGGGUCAACAUCCUCAGGAGCAUCGCGUCGGCAUUCCUGAAUUCAAAUACGUUGGCAACAUGCACGGCAACGAGGUUCAUAUCAACAAAGACCAAGAAUUGCAGUUGAGCUCCUUUGAUAGAACAUGUUUUUGUUCAUCAAAAGACAAUGACGGAAAAAUAUGA